GUAUUAUUAGUAGUAUAUUUCUUUCUAUUGCCCCGUUCCGAAAGUAGGAAGGAAGGAAGGCGGAAGAAAGGGAAAGAAGGGAAAGGCGACGACGGGAGCAGCAGCAGCAGCAACUGUCUUCCUCUCCUCUCUUUCAGAGACUCUCUCUCUCUCUCUCUCUCUCUCUCUCUCUCUCUAUCAUCAGCCGUCGUUGUUGUCCUCCCGUUCGUUACGUUUCCCAGAGUCAGAAGACGUGGUCGUCGUGUUCCGUUCAAAGAGUGGGCGCUGUCAAAACUUUACGAGUUUUGGAUAUCGGUGGAGAGUGACUCGGAAGGAGGGAGGGAGGGAGGGAAGAAAGGCCGAAAGAAAGAGUCGGUUGCGACGAGCAGACACCAACCGGCCGAGCGUGAGCGUGGAGGGAUAGAGACAUAGCGUAUCGGGAGAGUGAGACCGAAAGGGGCUCGGAAAGGAUUGGAAAAGAGGGUGCGCUCGAGGAAGCCCGGGUGCGAUUGCACGUCAGAAAUUUGUCGCAAUUGUUCGUGAUCCACACGGGGUCCUGUCGCGUCCGAGGCUACGAAGUGCGCUUCCCGCAUGUCCGCGAGGAUUGAUUCGUGACCACGGGGGCUCGGAUUCCCGUCCGCAGCGCGUGCAUCGGGUCCAGGGUUUAGGGGGCGCUGGUGGUGAAUUUUUCUGGGGACAGCGCAGCGGUGGUCGGUUCGCGUCGCAUCGCAUUCAUCCUGCCAGUACAGCGUUAUAUGGUAAAUUGCGAGGGAUGAUGGAUUGAACCCGGUGACAUGUUUAUUCGGAGGCCAUCGUGAUCUGCGUGUGCACCGCUCGUCCGUCAGCUGCUCCUUUGGUGCCGGGCUGGCAAAGAGCAUUCUUUGCCCGCCUCCCACCGCGCGUCCUUUUAUCCAUGCUUAGACGAGCAGGUGAACAUGGGGAACGUCGGGAAGAAAUGGAAGAGGAGGCCAGCCGCGGUAUACCAGGAGUAUCAUAAAUCAAUGUAGAACCCCAGGGGUUGUGGGCUCUAACCCUGGCCUGGCUUUAUACCAGGGGUUGGUCGGUUUGUAGUGUCGACGCUUCUGUUUCAGUUAUCGCGUCGGCGAGGCUCAUUUUCUUGGCCAUCAUCUCACCAAUUGUCCGCCACGGGGAGCCCCGUCUCGACCCCGUGUCCAUGCGCUCGCGGUUGCCUAGGUCGCUCGCUUCGUUCUGCGCGCGGAACUGCAUCCGCAUCCGCGGCCCAUCCGCAUCUUUGCCGGUGCAGGAGCGCAGCCGGCCCAUCGCCUUCUUUGCGUUCUUCCUCGUGUGCUUCUUGCGCGUCGCGUCGCCCUAACCCUCGAGCGCCUCAAUCUUUUUUUGCCAGGAAUAGCAAAGACUGGGCUCAGGGUAUGAAAUUACUGCCGGCGAGCUCGCAGCUCGAAAUCGUCGGCCCGUGGGAAAUUUAUCGCGCACCCCAUUAGUUGUUGGCAGCCCGGGCAUGGGCCGCGGCGGUGCGGGGAGCGCGUAGAGAAACGAGCUGCCGAGGCGAUCCCUGCGAGUCUUGGCCUGCGAGAGGCGGGCGGGAGGAGGAGGAGGAGGCAGCAGGCGGAGGAGGAGGGAUUGGCGAGCGCAGGCCCCAGAAUGGACGGUGCCAUGAGCUCCGGCAAAACGAGGUGUGGGAGAAGCAGCCGGUGAGGCACCCAUGGCAGCGACAGCCCCAGGCACUGUGCGGGAUGAGGAUCUGUCGGCGAAGGCGCUGCAGAAGCGCUUCGACUCGCUGGUCACCGUGCGGAGCAAAGCCGUGAAGGGCAAGGGCGCGUGGUACUGGGCGCAAUUGGAGCCCAUCCUGGUGCAGAACCCGGAGUCGGGCACGCCCAAGGCGGUGAAGCUGCGCUGCAGCCUGUGCAAUGCCAUGUUCUCGGCCUCGAACCCGUCGCGCACCGCGUCCGAGCACCUGAAGCGCGGGACGUGCCCGAAUUUCAAUGGAAUCAUCCCCAAGCCCAUCUCGAGCAUCUCGCCGCCCGCGGGCGGGGCUGCGGGCGCGGCCAAGCCCGCGGCCGCCACCACCACCAGCAGCGUGCGCAAGCGCAGCGCGCCCUCGCCCACCGCGCUGCCGGCGCCGCUGCUGGCAAUUGAGGCCGCGCCGGCGCAGCGCGCCAGCAGCGCCGAGCUGGGGCGCAGCGGCAGCGCCGCGGCGCCGCUGCUGCUCUCGGGCGGCAAGGAGGAUCUGGGCGCGCUGGCGCUGCUGGAGGACAGCGUGAAGAAGCUCAAGAGCCCCGGCAUCAAGGCGCCGCUGGGCACCGGGCCCAGCAAGGCGCAGACGGAGGCCGCGCUGAACACGCUGGCCGAGUGGCUGUACGAGUCGUGCGGCACGGUGUCGUUCUCGUGCGUGGAGCACCCGAAAUUCAAGGCCUUCCUGCAGCAGGUCGGGCUGCCGCCCGUGAGCCGGCGCUACAUCGCCGGCCAGAAGCUCGACACCAAAUUCGAGGAGGUGAAGGCCGACUCGGAGGCCAAGCUGCGCGACGCCAUGUUCUUCCAGCUCGCCUCGGACGGCUGGAAGAAGAAGGCCACCAACAUGGGCGAAACCCUGAUCAACAUCACGCUGAAUCUGCCCAAUGGCAGCAGCCUCUUCCGCAGCGUCGUCAACAUCAAUGCGGGCGCCGUGUGCGUGAAGCUGGCCGAGGAGACGCUCUGGGAGGCCAUCACGGGCAUCUGCGGCACCGCGCUCGAGCGCUGCGUGGGAAUCGUGGCCGACACCGACAAGUACAGCGCCAAGGCGCUCCAGGAAUUGGAGUACCGCAAUCGCUGGAUGGUCAACCUCUCGUGCCAGGCGCAGGGCUUCAGCAACCUGCUCAAGGACUUCAACAAGCACCUGUCCCUCUUCCGAUCCGUGGCGCAAGAGUGCAUGAAGCUGGCCGCCUUCUUCAACAACAAGCCCCAGGCGCGCACCUACCUGCAGAAGUACCAGCGCCAGGAGUAUGACGCCGUGAAGCUGCUGCGCACGCCGCCCGACCCGCAGUUCGCCGAUCCGCACUACGCCUACGUGCUGGUGAUGCUGGACGACAUCGCGCAGUCGGCCCGCGCCCUGCAGCUCACGGUUUUAGACGAUUCGUUCAAGAUUGUGUUCAACGAGGAUCAGGUCGGGCGCGACGUGGGCGACAUGGUCGGGGGAGUGCGAUUUUGGACGGACCUGGAGGCGGUUCUUGAUCUGGUCAAGAUCGUCAAGGUCAUGGUGCAGGAUAUAGAGGUCGACCGGCCCUUAGUUAGCCAAUGCCUGCCGCUGUGGGACGAUCUGCGGAACAAGGUCAAGGAUUGGUGCGGCAGGUAUGACAAGGACGAGGCUCCGCUGCAGGAGGUAAUUGAGAAGCGCUUCCGCAAGAAUUACCAUCCGGCCUGGGCCGCGGCCUUCAUUCUCGACCCGCUCUACCUCCUGCGCGACACCAGCGGCAAGUACCUGCCCCCCUUCAAGUGCCUGAGCGGCGAGCAGGAGAAGGAUGUGGACAGGCUGAUCACGCGGCUCGUGGCCAGGGACGAGGCGCACAUCGCCCUCAUGGAGCUGAUGAAAUGGCGAGCCGAGGGGCUCGAUCCGCUUUACGCGCAGGCCGUGCAGGUGAAGGAGCGGGAUGCGGGCACGGGCCGGAUGAAGUCCGUGAACCCGCAGAGCCGCAGGCUGGUCUGGGAGACGUGUCUGAGCGAGUUCAAAUUGCUGGGCAAGGUGGCGAUCCGCCUCAUUUUCUUGCAUGCAACGUCGUGCGGGUUGAAGUGCAAUUGGUCGCUGUGGAGAUGGGCGUACAGGAACGGCAACUCGAGGCUGGCCAUCGAGAAAGCGGAGAAGAUGAUCUUCAUAGCCUCACAUGCGAAGUUGGAGCGUCGGGAUUUUGUAAACGAAGAGGAGAAAGAUGCCGAGCUAUUCAUGAACGGAGAAGAUGACCGCAUUCCGGACGAGGUCUUCCUGAGUGCCACUUUGUAACAUUGAGGUUGCGUUUAGGAAAGCAGCAAGUCAAGCAUGCAAUUAUGUAACCAGCCAGCCAAGUCAAGCCGAGCCGAGCCGAGCCAGCCAGCCAGCCAGCGACCCCCCUCUCCCUCUGUCCGUCUGUAUGCCUCUCCCUCUCACCUUGUCCAUGCGGCCAUCCAGUCGCCGUCUCGCAAACUCGCUCGUCCCCACGCACUGCUUUCUGGGCAUGCUGUUCCUUCUGCAAGUGCAACGACUGCCGCUGCAAUGCAACGCAAUGCUGUGCGGUGGAGUGCGAUGCGAUGCGACGCAAUGCUGUGCAAUGCAAUGCUGUGCGAUGUAAUGGCGGGAUGCGAGCGGCCCGUCCCGGAGACGAGAAUUUCAGUGCAGCAUCCGGCCUCGUCGGUCUGUCUGUCGGUCAGUGUCCAGACCGGGGCCCGCUUGCGCGCGUGCGGGCGGGUGGGCGUUCGGGCCUCUUUUUUGCAUCCAACAUCACAACCCCGGACCAACUCUCGGAAGUCAAGUCUGAAUUCGUCGACAUGACAUUUGCGGAAAGGGACGGAGUGGAGGAAGGAGGGGGUUGUGGUUCGGAGGCUGUGUUGUGUAUGCCUAGCUUUCAUUCAUGCCGGGACGGGGCUGCAUGAUAAUGAUGACCAGGAUGAUGAUGACGCAUGGAAAAGGGUGUGUCGUGGAGCUACACGUCUGAGUUCAUUUCGCAAAGAGGCUACCCCGUCGCAGGUCGGAAGUGAGACGAGAUGAGUGAGUCGGGCGACAAGAUCAUCAAUCAUGACACCGCCACACCGCACCACGCCACACGGAAUGAUUCGGCCCGUCGUCAGUAGACUGAGUGAAACUGAGCCUGGGACAAUGCGACGGUCUGGCCCCUGGAAGGAACGCAACGCAUGUGGCGUGGGUGAGAGGAGUGGGCCUAUGAAUAUGCCCCUGCGUCAGUCGGUAUGCCGGGUGGGCGGACAGAUGGAAGAGAAGAAGGGAAGGGAAGGAAAGGGGAAUGGAGUCUUCGCUGCUUGUGCUGAUGGAUUGAGAGCUGUGCCGAUGAUGAUGAAGGAAGUAUGAAUCCCUCUGGCGUCUGUCGGGUCGGUUCCAUUGUUCAUAAUUGAUAAGUGCGCUGUCAAAUCAUUAGAAGUAGGACAUUAGCUGUAGAUUCAUAUCGCUAACGGUUAGGAUUUUCAUUCGAUCAAUAGGUGCCGUGCCUCCCGUUUUUCCCAGAUUUUGUACCCUGUGCUAUCAUGCGACGCGAUGCGAUGCCCUGCUACUCCUAGCUGCUAGGUGCCCAGCUUCGUCUUCUUCUCUCUUCAAGUCCACCGCUGCUGCGUUUUUACGAAGAAGAUUAGAAGUACUGUAACCUCCAGUCAGUCAGACGUAUUGGGGUUGGGGGUGGGUGGGAUUGGAAGCCAGGUUCUCUGGUUCCCACACAACAUUUUUGUUUUGCCUGGAAAA